CAGCCAGGGUUGUACCAGUCAUUUCUACGAUACAUUUAGUCUUGUAAGUUGUGUUUAGCCUCUGGGGUACAGCCCCAGCAUUAUUAUACCGAUGGUCCAGCAAUCUACUGCUGUACACCGAACACGGCCGUUUUUUUUUUUGAAGAUGCACGCGAUAUAUGGUGCUCGCUGCUGGGGGUGGAAAGUGACAGUCCCGUUCACAACUUCCACAGCGUAACAGAGUUCGGCCGUGCUGCUAUAGGGCAUGGGCCGCGCUUCAUCCGUGGGCGGCGGCGGUCGACUAUCCGGUCUACUCGGCGGCCGCGGCUCUGGCAGUGCCUCGGGCGGUGCCCCCUCCGGGUGGCCUGGCGCUGGUUCUUCGGAUGAUGGCGGUUCAACCANUGUCAUCGGAUCAGAGCGCAGGAAGACACCAGGCUAAAUCCAGACGUGUGUCGACUGGCAUCAACGGCAACGAGAGUUCAGCGUCUGGUACAUCACACAGUGGCGGUGCCAGGUCCGUUGGUCCCACGGGCGGUGGUUCCACUUCGACUGGGGCGAGCACCACGACCUUCCGCACCCUGGGUAAGCGCUCUGUUCAAGAGCGCCACAACAGCGAGGAGUGCCACGAGACGGGCAUUGGCCGGGAAUCAACCAUCAACAUGGAGAUGUCCGGACAAAACCUCUUCGACACGCUUGACACUGCCCUGGUGCCCAAGGCGGCGAAGGCCGCGCUGUUGGGCCUUUUGCUGCAGCUUAUCAGCCCCGACGUGGCCACCAUGCUCGGCGGCGAGUCCUCCAAGAAGACAACAGUGGGCCCCGGCGAGAAGACUGCCCGCGGGGUCGCUGCGAACGUCAUGAGUGUUUACGCCUAUGGGUUCGUCGGUCCCGCCAGGAUGCAAUUUUCCGGCGGGGGGCCCACCAGCGCUCUGACAAACCCUUUCCUCGCGUUGGGUUCUCACGCGUGGCCGGGAGCGAGGCAAAAUCUGAACACCUUCCCCGCCAUAUUCGUGAAAGCAGUCGUCUCGGCGAGGUCGGAACUACACGCAGAGAUCCGCAACGCCAUCGCCGAAUUCCUCAUCCCUCUCAUGGAAGAGGAGGCAUCCACGAACAACCCGAUGACCGGCGCGGACCUCCUCCGUGGCGUCCGCGAGCAGAUAAUGUACGUCGACCCCGAGUCGGAGCCGGAGAUCAUGCGCUUCCUCGCCCCCUACUACGUCGAGAAGGACAGCCUCGUUGUGCCGGAGACGCCGGCGGCAGACGUUUACGUCCAGGACGAUGAUCUUGAAAGCAUACCUUAACGACAUGUUUUAAUGUUUUGCGUGCGAGGGGCGGGGCCAUGGCCGUGUUGAUGGUAUAUGGCAGGUGCCCAUGGAGAGUGCAUCUCGAAUAGCAUCGGUGCAUCCAUCUUGUCAUGAAACCUCCACUAUUUGCGGGAGGUGUUGGCGUGGGCCGGCUGUGAUCUACGAAUCCGUGUUUCAUAAACCUUACCAUUGGUGCACGUUAAACGAGAAGUUGACAAGUCAUGUUUUUGUGGCCGGGGGAUUGGAUGGAUAAUUAAAUUAGCGUGAUGGGAGUGGUGCACGUGGGUAGCUGUCGUCGCUGCAUCGAGAUUGGUAUGGCUCGAGCCUCGCGUCUUGAUAUUUCCGUAUCUCAUGCAUGGUCCAUCGAAGGAAAAGUCUUCGGGGCAGUUUUUCCCGAUGUUGUAGUUUCUCACAAAGUACCUCAAUUUUUUUUGGUUUUCAGUUUAUUCCAUCUCAAGAGAAUAUUCAUCGUGGCAGUGUUUAUUGGGUGUAAGUUACUCAGAGUCCUUCGAUUUUUUCAUUAUUUAUUCCAUCAAGAGAAAAUUCAUCGCGGUGGUAAGUUACUUAGAGUCCUUCAAUUUUUUUUUUUACUUAUUCCAUCGAGAGAAAAUUCAUCGUGGCAGUUUUUCUUGGGUGGUUUGGCAUUCAUUGCCAGCUGGCUAUGCUGGGCACAUGGAGCGUGAUCGUUCGUGUUAUGUCGAAGAAGCAUUAUAUAUUGCGUGCAGCGUUCGGCCUCUGUACGUGCAAUCGGUGACGUCAUCAUGUACCCUGUAGGGGAGGUAAAUAUUGGGUGCCUUGAGGUCCCCUCAUAGUAGCAGCAUCAUGCGGUACGUUGUUUGUUGAUGGAAUUGACGCGCCGGAGUUGUACAUGUUACGAAGGGAUGGGGAAGCAAGGAAAGGCACGGAUCAGGGCGGGGGGCGGGGGGGUGUCAAAAGGCGACAUAUAUGGCGUGGAUGAGCU